AUGGAAAGAGGUUGGCUCCAUGGGGAAGGAUUCCCCCUCUGCCUCAUUCUCCACCUGCUGCUUCAGGAUACACAUCUUUAACUGAUGACAUCAUUCCUGUGGCUAAAUGUGAUCUGGUACAAUCCAUUCCUUAGGUGGAACCCAGUGGAAUGUGGGGGCAUCAGGAAGCUGAGCGUGGCAACUGAGAACCUGUGGCUUGCAGAUAUCUUUAUCGAGGAGUUCCUGGAUAUGGAUCAGACCCCUCCAGGCCUCAUGGCUAUGUCGACAGUGAUGAUCACAUCAAAUACAGUAAACCAACGCAGACAUCACAGAACGUCGUUUGGAGCAAGGGAACGGGUACUUCAGGCUAUCCACCAAAGAAUGAUGAAGAUGCCUGUGGGUACCAAUGAGUAUGACCAAAUCAUCUUCUAUGUGGCCAUCAGGCGCAGGCCCAGCCUCUACGUCAUAAGCCUCCUGGUGCCCAGGAGUUUUCUGAUAGCCAUCGACGCCCUCAGCUUCUACCUGCUCGCAGAAAGUGAGAACCGCGCCCCAUUCAAGAUGACACUCCUGCUGGGCUACAACGUCUUCCUGCUCCUGACGUUGAAUGACUUACUCCCUGCCAGUGGCACCCCCCCUCAUCAGUAUGGUCCCUCCCACUUUCCGGGGAAGCAAAGGCAGCAGGGGACAUGGUGGGAGGCAGGUGUCUAUUUUGCCCUGUGUCUGUCACUGAUGGUGGUCCGCCUGCUGGAGACCAUCUUCAUCACCUACCUGCUGCAUCUGGCCACCACCCAGCCUCGCCGGCUCCGUUCCCUGCUUCUACACUGCACCAGCCCAAGGAAACGCUGCCCCGCUGCACCCCAAGGGAACACGGGCCUGGGCCUCAGCCCUGCCCACCUGCCUGGUGUGAAGGAGCCCGUGGAGUUGGUGGGGAAGGCGCCAGGUCCCAGAGAGGCAGAGCUAAAUGGGUGCCCUGGGUCAGUGAGGGCCCAGCAGGAGGACGAUGCUCAGAAGCAGCACUCGGUCAGCCUGUGGAUGCAGUUCAGCCACAUGAUGGACACCCUGCUCUUCAGCCUCUACCUGCUCUUCCUGGCCCCCUCCAUCGUCACGGUCAUCAUCGUCUGGAACACCUAG